GAUGAGUCCAAACCUGCUCUGAGCGUUCACUGCGAGGAGCCUCAGCCUUCACCCUCCUGCACGAUGACGCUGACUCAAGCUGAGAAGGCCGCCGUGGUCGCCAUCUGGGCAAAGGUGGCUACCCAAGCCGAUGCCAUCGGAGCAGAAUCACUGGAGAGGCUUUUCUCCAGCUACCCCCAGACGAAAACCUACUUCCCUCACUUCGAUCUGAGCCAAGGCUCGGCUCAGCUUCGUGGUCACGGCUCCAAGGUCAUGAACGCCAUUGGGGAGGCUGUGAAGAACAUUGAUGACAUUAGAGGCGCCUUGGCCAGGCUCAGUGAGCUGCACGCUUACAUCCUUAGGGUGGACCCAGUGAACUUCAAGCUGCUUUCCCACUGUAUCCUGUGCUCCGUGGCUGCCCGCUAUCCCAGUGACUUCACCCCAGAAGCUCACGCUGCGUGGGACAAGUUCCUGUCCAGUGUUUCCUCUGUUCUGACUGAGAAGUACAGAUAAAUGGCCUCCACAGAGGGUGAGGGACGCACGUCCAUGGUGCACCCCAUUUGCCAGGCCCCAGGGUAUUCACCCCUUCCUACGCCGUCCUCUCAAAUCCCCUACGCAGGGGCUCGGUCAUCUGCAAAACCCAAUAAAUAAUUCAAAUGUAA